AUGAUUAAUCUUCUUCGCAACGAUCUACUCUCACAAUCGCAACCACCGAUCGAAUCUCUGAACCCUAGCUUGUACUUUUCCUCUUUCAACUCAGGUGAUUUUUGUAAUCAAGGUGUUUGUUCAAAUGCCACAAUGAGUUUACGUAUAGCAACCUUUGGUUAUAGUAUUCAACUUUCUCACCUUUUAUAUGAGAGCUUGCGCUUAAAUAGGCUUAAUGGUAUAGCUAAGGUUCUUGGAGUACUUGCUUCUGCUGGAGGAGCUUCAAUCAUUACCCUAUACAAAGGACCAACAAUUUAUGCUCCAGAAUCACCUUUAGCAGUACAUCAGGGACAAUUCUUGUCUCUAUUUGAGGACUUCAAUGGGAAAAACAUGAACUUGGGUGGCAUUUUUCUCUUUGGUCACUGUUUGAGUUGGUCUGGUUGGAUUUUGAUGCAUGCAUUUGUUCUGAAAAAAAUUCCAGCACAACUCACUGUUUCUGCUUUUACUUGCUUAUUUGGUAUUGUGCAGUUUGGGACGAUUGCAACAUUUCUUGAGAAGGAUCCCAAAGCUUGGCAGCUCAAUUCCUUUGAAGAGGCCUAUUGUAUUUUGUACUCGGGAGUGGUGAUUUCAGGAGUGGCAGCAGCAAUACAAAUAUGGACUAUUAGCAAAGGAGGGCCAGUGCUUGCUUCAAUUUAUCUUCCCUUACAGACAUUGCUGGUAGCUUUUUCUAAUAUUUUUCAAUUACUGCAGGGACAUGUUAACCAUUUGCUUAAACUUGAUGGUGCAAAGGAUAGGUUGCAACUCUUCAAGGCUGAUUUAGUAGAAGAAUGUUCUUUUGACUCUAUUAUUCACGACUGUCACGGGUCUUUCAUAUUGUUUCACUGGCUCGUUUUGUUGUUGACAACCCUCAUCUUUUGUUGAAGUUAUUGGUAUUGUUAGCAGUGACAAGUCCAUCCAAGCUGAGUUAUGGACCAACUUUGGCGAUGAAAUUGAUAUGUUCAGCUACCAUAAGCUCUGUCAGCUUGCAAAUGGAGAAUUCAAACACUUGUUCCUGUGACUUGAGUUACAACAACCUUAUCUCACUAUCAGAUGCGAAUGGAGGAUUUAAACAAAGGUUUUUGUUUUAGUGGUAACCACAGCUCAACACGUUGCUUCUUCUCACACAGUCCUAUAAAGUUCUAAAUCAAGUAACCGAAUAUAUUCACUUGGAUUGGCUCAGUCCCUUAUCGAUCAUUGUCUUUCUUCUUCUGCUUCCAGUUAUUUCUCACCAGAGAGACAAUGACAUCUUCAGUAAUUGAAAAUGGACACGAUGAGGCUAAACACGAACCGUCCGAUUUGAUCGCUGAGAAAAUGAAUCAUGCGGUUGUGAAUCUUUUGCUUCCGAAUGAAACGUUCUUGAAAGCUGCGAUUUCUCUGAAAGACGAGGUGGUGGAGGUAAAUUGGAAUCGGCGGGAAGUGGUUGAUCCGACGGUGUAUACCGGUUUGCUUGGUACGGCUUUUACUUGCUUGAGGUCGUUUGAGGUUACUGGUUGCCGUGAGGAUUUGUUGUUAUGCUCGGAGAUUAUUGACAUGUGUGUCACUGUCGCACGUGCCUCCCUCAGACACGUGACAUUUUUGUGUGGUAGAGGAGGAGUAUGUGCCCUUGGAGCUGUCGUUGCUAAUUACAUGGAGGAAGAUCAUAUGGCUUUUGUGUUAGACUACUUGUUUUAGUGGUAACCAUAAGCUCUGUCAGCUUGCAAAUGGAGAAUUCAAACACUUGUUCCUGUGACUUGAGCUUUUUUACUUCUGUUUUCUUUAGAAAUUUUGAGCUUUUUUUUUACCACAAAAAUAAUGAAGUAGCAAGAAAUACUACUUGUUAUUAACUUUGUAGUAGAAUUUAUAGUAACUUAUUGUUCAAUAAAUUUGUCUUAUUAAAAUUCAAAACAUUUAAAUUUAUAAUUUUA